AUGUCACCGUUCAAGUUGGUGAAUGGGAAGGCCUUCUAUAUCUCUAUCGAGCUAGAACAUAAAGCGCAUUGGGCCAUUAAGAGGUUAAAUUUCGAUGCUCAAUCAGCUGGAGAGCAAAGAUUAUUGGAACUCAAUGAGAUAGAAGAGUUUAGGGCACAAGCUUAUGUGAAUGCCAGGAUAUUCAAGGAAAAGACUAAAAAGUGGCACAACCAAAAGAUGAUGCCAUGCCAUUUUCAUGUUGGCCAACAAGUGUUACUUUACAAUUCCAUACUUAAGCUCUUCCCUGGAAAGCACAAAUCUAGAUGGUUUGGACCUUUUGAGGUGCAUCAUAUCUAUCCCCAUGGAGCUUUUGAUAUAAAAAAUGUUGACGAUGGGACGAUAUUUAAGGUCAAUGGUCAGCGGCUGAAAGUUUACAAUGGAGUUCCAAUGUUGUGUGACAAGUCGAUGUUAUACCUGCACGACGUCUGA